AUGCAGACCGGCACCCUCUGCGACGUUUUCCAACGACUAUCGCCCUACCUGCAGAAACGCAACAGCAAUGGGGACCGAACACCCUUGGAUAUCCUUGAUUUAUGGCCUGGCGCCGGCGUACUUUCUUCCAAAAUCAACGACUUCCUGCAACCUCGCCGACAUGUCCUUCUCGAACCCGCUUUGAAGAGUUUUGGUCAAUUCCUCGAACCUCUUGCCGCCAGUAAACCUUGCUAUACACUUGAAAACAUGGAUAUAUACUCCCAAAAGAACUGGACGGGGGUUUUUAGCAGACUUUUACCGGAGCAAAAACCAUUGCCGCCAAGGAAAUCUGGUGAAAUGCGGAAUAACGAUACCCUCCUUGUUCUCGCCAACCCAGCAGCACCAAACUCCGAGUUAAAUCACUAUACACCAGCAAGAUGGUGGGGCGCACUCAUGGAGGACUGCCUAAACCAAUCCGGGCUUCAUGAGUAUGGUAGUGUUCGGAUCCUAGCUGUGAUGCCCCAAACCGAAGCACGAAUUGUCCUUCCACAAACUAUGGCGGAUCGCAAUCGGCCCGCUUUACUGACGGAGAGUGUCGCAUUAAGUGCAAUCGAGGUUGCCAGUUCCAGCGAGGACAUAUCAUGGGUCGGACUGAAGGGGCUCGGCGUAUAUGACAGAGUUGAGAAGCGGGUGUCAGAGAGAGGCGCGGCUUUCAAGACUCCGCCGGGCCGAGAGAUGCCUCAGAUUCGUUUUGCGCCAGAACACCCCAAACCAACCAAGAAAGCGCUCCCGCAUACUCCGAGAAUUAGUACGGAGUUGCAUGAAAAUCUGACGAAAAAGAUGAACAGCAAAGAGAAGUCGGUAGCCAGCAAGGCCCGUACCGCUCUUGGGGCAGACAACCGGGCCGCCUAUUAUCGACAAUUAAUUAUUUCGAAGCAGUUGGCUAUUGAUUCAAAAAUGAGUGAACUGGCCCGGUUGGCAGCCUGUACCAAUACACCACCUGCAGAGCUACGGGAUAUCGACGAGAAGAUUGGAUUACUGACCAAGGAGUUGGCCGAGGUCAUCGGCACCAUCCACUACAGUAUACUUCGCACCAAGGAUCGAGUGAUUGAUGAAGAACGCGCCGCCCGCGUUGGCAACGCCAACUUCGACGAUACUGCGUUGCUGUGGGACCGGCGCCCGUUUGAGCCUCUCAAAAUUGAUACCACCGAAUUGUAUCCCCGGGAGCCUAUGUCGGUUCUAUUCUUCGAGGCUGAUGAAAGUUGCAUCGCUGUUCGAAAGCUGUCAAAGGUUGCCGAAGAGAGACGCACCGAUGUGGCGCGGUUAUUCGACGCUAUAGCGAGGGUAUUUCGCGGCAAGAAUGACAUGUCGGUGGCGGAGCUUCUUCAAACCCUACUCCCGAACCUGACGACGGAUCAAGUUCUGCAAGAGAUCCCUGGUCUGGUCGCUUAUGCGGACAAGCGGUUGAGAUGUGAUGGGGGUGGAGUCGACUCGAAGAUCAAAAUGGCUAGCGAGGAAGAUACCCAAUUACUAGAAAGGAUUGAAUGUGAUUUUAGUGGAUGGCGGGUGCGGACCCUUUCAGCCGAAGUGCUCUGGGAUAUCAUCCUGUUGUAUGAGCAACAUGCACAGGACCUGUCUGCGCUGCAGUUGAGUCGUUUGAUUGGGGCGACUCUGACAACGUUCGGUGCGGGGGAGAGUUCCGAUGGGCUGAAGAGGAUGCACUAA